CUGACUUCAGGGUAAUACAGUAAAGUGAAACUGUCCUGGCCAGGUACUGUAGGCUAUAUAAAGUAAUCGCCUCAAGUGAUUAUCACUGAAGUGAAAGAAGAUAGUCAUACAGAAACACUACUAGACAAGCACACAAUCAGCUAUGUCGCCAAACAACAAGUGGAUAGGGAGGGGCCUGCAUGCCAGCCUGUUGUACCUGGUUUUAUUUGUGUGCCUGGUGCGCACCGCUACUCUGGACGAAGAAGAUAUUGAGAUUGAUGAUGAGGAGGAGGAAGACCUGGAGUAUGAAUACAGUAUAAAACAAGACAGACACACCUGUGGAAGCGGUCAAACUGGUCAGUAUCCAUUCUGUAAGGACAAGGAGCAGGUCAUUCACCACUACGUCGACACAAGGGAUGAGUGUGGAGAGACAGACUUCAAGAAAGUGCGGGGGGAAAUGCAGCUGAUGAUCCAGGACCGACGAAAGAAGAUGAAGGAGAUCGUACACUCUGCAAAACUCACAGAGAAAAAUGUGGAGAGGGAGAAAGAGGACACUUUGCUGUUCCUGACUGAAGUGACACGGCUCAUUCAGAAGACCUAUGUAGAUGUCAUUGAGGAGAUCGAAAAGAAGCAGAAAGCAGCAACAACCAUGGCUAUAGAGCACAUUCUAGAGCUAACACAGGAAAUCUCUAAACUACAGGAGAGAAGCUCUGAACUGGAGCAGCUCUCACACAUUGAGGACCACCUUCACCUUCUCCAGAUGUUCCCGUCCCUGUGUACCCCACCGGCCACCAUUGACUGGUCUGAGGUCAGCAUUCACAGUGAUCCAAGUGUGGGGUCUAUGAGGAGAGCUGUGAACAAGCUGAGAGAAGCACUCAAUAGUGAAGAGAGCAGGCUGUCUGCAGCUGAGUUGGGAAGGAUUAAGACGUGUGCAGUGGAUGUGACUCUGGACCCUGACACAGCACAUCCGCACCUCAUUGUCUCUGAAGACGGGAAACAAGUGAGAAUUGGAGAUCUCCGGCAAAAUGUCACAGAUGGCCCUGAAAGGUUUAAUUCAGUUGUUAAUGUCCUAGCAAAGGAGGGCUUCUCCUCAGGGAGAUUCUACUAUGAGGUGCAGGUGAAAGGUAAGACUAGGUUGGAUUUAGGAGUGGCCAUAGAGUCCAUCAACAGGAAGAGUGGGGUCACCCUGAGCCCUGGCCAUGGAUACCUGGCUAUAUGUCUGAGGGAUGGGGAUAGGUAUGUAGCUGCUGAAAGCCCUGCUAUCCUCAUCGCUCUUAGCCAGAAGCCCCAGAAGAUAGGGGUUUAUGUUGAUUAUGAACAAGGCCAGGUCUCCUUCUAUGAUGUGGAUAACAGGUCUCAUAUCUACUCCUUCACUGAUUAUUCUUUCAAUAAGAAACUCUAUCCCUUCUUUAGCACUGGCACCGAUGACAACGGUGAAAACUCAGCCCCAUUAGUCAUUACCCCAGUCAAUCAACAACUGAGUAUUCAUUUCUUCACUUUUGAAAAAGCCUGAAAAUUGAUUAAAUACAACUUACAAUGUGUAUAUACACUGAGUAUACAAAAUAUUAGCAACACCUUCCUAAUAUUGAGUUGCACCCAACACUUUUGCCCUCAGAACAGCCUAAAUUCAUCAGGGCAUAGACUCUACAAGGUGGUGAAACCGUUCAACAGGGGUGAUGGCCCAUGACUCCAAUGAUUCCCACAGUUGUGUCAAGUUGGCUGGAUGUCAUUUGGGCUGGAUGUCAUUUGGACCAUUCUUGAUACACACGGGAAACUGUUGAGCGUGAAAAACUCAGCAGCGCUGCAGUUCUUGACACACUCGCGCCUGGCACUUACCACCAUACUCUGUUCAAAGGCACUUCAAUCUUUUGUCUUGCCCAUUCACCCUCUGAAUGGCACACAUCUCAAGGCUUAAAAAUCUUUCUUUAACCUAUCUCCUCCCCUUCAACUACACUGAUUGAAGUGGAUUUAACAAGUGAUGUCAAUAAGGUAUCAUAGCUUUCACCUGGUCAGUCUAUGUCAUGGAAAGAGCAGGUGUUCCUAAUGUUUUGUACAAUCAGUGUAUUGAGGCUGUCAGAGUUAGUUUACAUUUUGUUAUUAAUUGCAUUGUCUGAAUGCGUUCAAAAUAAAUUGAAAACAUCAAAAAUACAUAUCAUAUACACCUAAAAAAGUUGUGAUGUCAAAACAAGGUUAAAGAAUGUGUGCUUUAUCAAUUUACCUGAUUUUGUUAACUGUUACUUUGGACAAAAUCAAGACUUCAAUAUUCUUGUAAUGCUUUUUGUAUAAAAUAAUCUUAAAUUACAGCUCAAUUUGAGCUAAUUCUGAAUAUGCAAAUAAUUGUGAUUUAUCACAGCAAGUCCUGCGAUUAAUUAUACUUAAAUAUGGUAUUGUUCUGUCGUAACCGGCCGCGACCGGGAGGUCCAUGGGGCGACGCACAAUUGGCCUAGCGUCGUCCGGGUUUGGGAGGGCUUGGUCGGUAGGGAUGUCCUUGUCUCAUCGCGCACCAGCGACUCCUGUGGCGGGCCGGGCGCAGUGCGCGCUAACCAAGGUUGCCAGGUGCACGGUGUGGCCUCCGACACAUUGGUGCGGCUGGCUUCCGGGUUGGAGGCGUGCUGUGUUAAGAAGCAGUGCGGCUGGUUGGGUUGUGUAUCGGAGGACGUAUGACUUUCAACCUUCGUUUCUCCCGAGCCCGUACGGGAGUUGUAGCGAUGAGACAAGAUAGUAGCUACUACAACAAUUGGAUACCACGAAAUUGGGGAGAAAAAGGGGGAAAAAAAGAAGAAAAAAAUUGUAUUGUUUCACGGCCCUAGUAUCUGUAGAAUAUCAUUAUAUAUCAAUGUUUAGGGAAGCACAUUGGGAAAGCACUGUGUUACAUCAAAUCAAAUCAUACAAUUGUUUUCCAUUUACUUUUUUGUUUGCACGUUGUUUCAAAUGUCAUAUUUCAAAAUGUCUCUCCAGUUUUCCCCUUCUUGAAGAAAUUAAAGGUUAUAAAUUACAUUAA